AAAAAGUUUUUCCUAAUAUCUAACCUGAAUCUGGCACAACUUGUGGCAGUUUCCUCUGGUCCUGUUUGUUGCCUGCGAGAAGAGGGCCAAACCCCUCCUCAUCACAACCUCCCUUCAGGAAGUUGUAGAGUAUAAUAAAGUCUCCUCUGAGCCUCCUCUUCUCUGGAUUGAACAAUCCCAGCUCCCUCAGCUGCUCCUCCUAAGACUUGUGCUCCAGACCCCUCACCAGUUUCGUUGCCCUUCUCUGGACACGUUCCAGGGCCUCAAUGUCUUUCUUGUAGUGAGGGGUCCAAAACUGAACAUAAUACUCAAGGAGCGGCCUCACCAGUGCUGAGUAGAGUGGGAUGAUCACCUCCCUGCUCCUGCUGGCCACGCUAUGUUGUGAUUCCCUUCAUAGCAGAAGAAAACUUGUGUUGAUUUUUCUUGAAGUUAUCAAAAAUGCACAUACAUGUAAGCAGAGCCAUGGAUAGGGUGGAGUAUCUCCAGCCACUCCUGUUGGUUCAGCUCAGGCACAUGGGCACUGUAAUUUGGAACAAUGGGCAGCUGGGCUGGAGUAGAGGCUGUGUAGACAUCCACCUGCCAACCCCCAGGGAGGCAUGAAAGUGCCUCAUCUGCUCAGGCUCUGUAAUUCAGAAAGAAUUUAAGUUUUCCAAUAGCAGAAUUUCUGUGGUUGUUGCACUCUGGAUCUUUCUGGUAGUUGGUUAUACUUCUUAUUUAUUUUUUCCUCAGUUGAUUGUUUGUGCGUUGUGAUAUGAAAUUUGUUUGUGAAUCAUUCAUCCAAAUUAGUGUAAGUGCUGGUGAAAUAUCUUAACCAUGCUUGCAUCACAGUGCUGGUUCCCUGCUGGAUCUCUGCCUGCUUGGUGCACUGUGUGAAUACUGGGCUUGGAAAAUUUGGAAUCAGGGAUAGUGUCAGCACAUCCAGUUCAGCAUGUCUCUACAGAGGUCCUAAUGAGAAUCUGCUUUAAAAAGGUAACUUUAAAACACAUAUCCCUGCAGUGAGCAGUGUCAAUUCAAAGACAGCACGUGAAAUUCUGUAGCAGGGAGUUACAGAGCAACCUGCACGAUUUGUCCAGCUCCAGCUGCUCGGCCGCUAUCCUGCCGCACGAGGACUCGUAUCUUGGGUGACGGACUCGGGAAUAUCCCUGCUUCCCUCGUUUGUUCGCUCGGAAGGCCUCGUGGAACCGCGGAUGGAGCUCCGCUAUAGAGGCGCGCUGCCUCCGAGCGGAGCCGAGCCGCCGGGCGCCGCCGUGCCGCGUUCCAAGGUCCGGGUGCCUCGGCCGCCGGGACAGCGCGGUCGGGACCGUGCGGCGGGGCCAGACGUGGAGCUGGACCUUGGCCUGCGGGCUCCUCGCGGCUGUCCGCGGGACCCCGGCAGCAGUGACGGGCCCGCUCCCUGCCGGCAGGUGCGCGCUGGGGAGCGCCUGGCUAGCCUAGAGACUGCACGUAGGGCGCUUCGGCGAGGCCGCUCUGCCCCAGAGCUCGUGCCCGACGGCUCCGCGCCGCAGCCGGCGGUGUCGCGGAGAAGCACCGCGCCGGGGCCGCCCCGUUUCCCCACUACGCCCCACGGGGAGGGGCCGCCGCCUCCCACGCCCCGCCGGGCCGCCGAAGGGCCGCGCUCCGGCCACACUCGCCGUGGUGCGGAGAUGCUCAUGGGGGCAGCGGUGCGGGGCAGCCCGGCGGCGACCUUCGCCGAGGACGUGCUGCGCGUCUUCGGGAGCAACCGGAGCCUGUCGGCCGGGCAGCUCUCGGCUUUACUGAGCCGGUUGGGAGCCGCGCCCGCGCUGAGUGCCGUGCUGCCGCUGCCCCACCUGCACCACAACCAGUGCCUGACUGGAGAGGAAAUUUUUUCUUUGCAUGGAAUACCAAACAACAGUCACAUAUCAAAUUCAGACUUCUCUACAGUAUGUCCUGCUGUUUUGCAACAGUUAAUUUUUCACCCUUGUGAUCAUCAGGAAAAUUCUGUGGAUGCAUCCAGACCACAUUCUUUACAAGUUUGGGGAUUUGGGUUCCUAGCUGUGACUAUCAUUAACUUGGCAUCACUUCUGGGAUUUAUUUUAACUCCUCUCUUAAAGAAGUCUUAUUUCCCUAAGAUUUUAACCUACUUUGUGGGCUUGGCCGUCGGUACUCUCUUUUCUAAUGCAAUUUUCCAGCUCAUUCCAGAGGCAUUUGGAUUUGAUUCCCAUGUAGAUAACUACAUUGAGAAAGCAGUUGCUGUAUUUGGAGGAUUCUAUAUUCUCUUCUUUGUGGAAAGGAUUCUUAAAGUGAUACUAAAAAUCUAUAAUCAGCCUGGCCAUAAUGACUUAGAAAAUGGUGAACAGAAUCAAUCUAAGGAUAAGACUAGUCCCUCCAAACCACCAUCAUCCAGCAAUGGAGUGACUUGUUACGCAAAUUCAGCCAUCGUAGAGAGCAAUGGAAAUUUUGGUUUUGACAGCAUUAGUGUUGUCUCAGCACAGGAAGAAGCAAUCCAGGGCAGUUUGUGUAAAUGUCUUGGUGGGCGCCCGCUGUCAAAGAUUGGAACCAUUGCUUGGAUGGUAACACUGAGUGAUGCCGUACAUAAUUUCUUAGAUGGUUUGGCAAUCGGUGCUUCCUUCACUUUGUCUCUGUUUCAAGGACUUAGUACCUCCAUAGCCAUCUUGUGUGAAGAGUUUCCUCAUGAACUGGGGGAUUUUGUCAUCUUGCUUAAUGCCGGAAUGAGCAUUCGACAGGCUCUGUUUUUCAACUUUCUGUCUGCGUGUUCCUGUUACAUUGGGAUGGCUCUUGGGAUAUUAGUAGGCAACAACUUUGCUCCUACCAUCAUUUUUGCUGUAGCUGGUGGAAUGUUCCUGUACAUCUCUCUGGCAGAUAUGGUUUAUGGAUUGUAUCACCUGUCUGACUUUUCUCCCCUCUGACAAGUCUGAAUUAGGGUGCUUUGCACAGGAUCUGGCUUUCCACUUUCUGUUACGAUUUUCACACACUUCUGUUCUGCUUGUAGAAGCAGGCAAGUUUUACAGCUUUGAGGAAAAUACAGCUUCUUGCUUCUUUGGUUCCAGUAGGAAGGGACAAAUCCUUUAUUUUUCAUUCACUAUAAAAUACAUUUUCUGUGAAGUAAGUGAUUUAAUGUUUUAUUUGAAUCUUAUCUGUAUUUAUAUUAGAAAAAUGACUUUUCUAGGUCCUUGGUUGAUUAAAAAUAAAUGAACAGAACCCACCACCAACAAAACCCAACCAUUUUAUACAGGCAAACAAUGCAGGAAUAGUAAAUGAUACUUAGUUUAAAAUUUGCUAUCGAGUUUAAAGUGUAAUUGUAGUAGUUUGUGAUUUUUGCUGUAUUGAACACAUGUUUAUGAGUCACUUUAUGCUCCCUAAGUUUCUUUGAAGAAGAGUCAACCUGCUGCAUACUCUCCUCUAAUGCUUGUUGAUUCCUUGUAUAUAAGUUGCUUGCAAAUGUGUCUCAAGAAUGUUUUAUUAUAACUUUGAAUGUUCAUUGACGUUUAAAAAUUGACUAUUCCUAUUUCAUCUGAUUAUUAAAAUAAUAUAGUGGCAUUUUACUUUUCACCCUUACAUCCAAAAGUUUGCAAAGGAGAUUUGAUUUUUAUCAUCUCACUAAGGAGAAAGAAUUGAGACAAAUAUAUCAUUGAAAUAACCUAUGUUUAGAGCACAGAGAAGAAUUGAGAUGAUUAAACCCUAAUAUUCAGUCUAGUGCUUUAGUCACAAAUGAAAUUGCCUUUUCUGCUUGUGGAAUAUUUCAUAGGUAAGAAAGCUUUUUGAUUUCUCUGAGAUCUGUCUGUAUGAACCUUGGCAUUAUGUUUAUCCAGUACAUAAAAAAUGAAUCUAUUCCAAUUCCAGGCCUGCCAGCAAUUUGCUAGGUUUUGCUGAUACACAAAAUGAGGAAGAAACAUGAGCAAAAAUGGCUGUUUUGUUGCAGAUAAGACUGCAGUAAGUUACUCCCUAAAAGUUUGAAAAUCAGUUGAGAAAGGUAUUUCAUAUUCUUUUUCACAUUAAUAUUAUCAGUAACACUGCUCAUCUUUUGUCAUCCCUUUGUCCUUUUCAACCAUGGUGCAAAUUCCAUAUAUUACGUAACUUCAGAAGGCUCUCAUAUGCUUUGGUAUUUGUUGUCACCAUCAGUCAAAUUAUCUGACUAACGCACACUUGAGAAAAUAAUCUGUGUUAGCACUACGUAGCUCACUGACAUAAAGUUUUCUCUUUUUCACGGUGUGGUUUAUGACCCAAGACUAACUUCAUUAAAUUGCAUUAAAGUAGGUGGGGGAAAAACAUACCUAUAGCAGAAUCUAAAGAGAGAAUAACAGUGGUUUUUGGAGCAAAAAGUAUAUAAAGAACAAUAAUGUGAAUGAAAGAUAAACCUUGGAGAGAUUGUGGUUGCUUGAAGAAGGAACAUACAGAAAAGUGAAUUUGUAUGUGGGGCAACCUGUCAAAAAUGUGAUACGUGAUAACUGUCUGGUUUAAGGAAAAAUGAAUUGAAAAAUUAAAUCAGUACUUAAAGUUCAGUGUUAUUGCUUUUGACACUUCAAUGAGAUCUUUAGUGAAUAAAGAUUUAGAGCAUUUUUUAAACUGAAAAUAUGGUAUGAAAUUUUAAGCUAAAUUAAAUAUCAGCUCUAAUCUAAGAGUGAUCUGGAACUACUCUGGAAAUUUUGCAGUUUGCCUGAAGCUUUGUGUUAUCUUAGUUACAAGAUCUGUAAAAUCAGAUCUGUGUAGUUUACAGAUGACUUGAAUAUACAUAAAAACAUUCAAUUAUAUUAAUGAUAGCAACAUAAACAUCUUUCCUAAUUGAUGCGUGUGAUAAUUGUGUGAUAAUUUCUGUAUUUUCUUUUGGGAAUGUCCUUUUAAAAUCUCUUCUUGAAUAAACCACUGAUUUACCUGUAGCUAGGUGAACAGGUUUACAUAUUUGCUUGCUGGUUUGCAUUUUAUUUUAGAGUUUUCUGUAUUUGAAUUUGAAGAAUGCUACAUCUUGGGAGAGAAGAUGUAGCUGACUUUUUCCUAUUCCGCGUAAUUCAAAUUAAACCACUUACACUGACAGAGUGUUGAGCCAAGUUUAACUCUCAUGAAAGUGUAGCCCAUUGCUAAAUUUAGAAUAUAUGAAUUGAGAAUAUUUUUCCUUUAACUCUGGACACUAAUGCUAAGGAAGAAAUCUUUUGAGAAGUCUUUCAGAUCCCUUAAAGAAAAAGAGAACCACAAAAACCCACAAGAAGUCAAGUGAAAGUUGCUUAGAUAAAGUCUUUAUCUAAAGAACAAUAACUUGAAACAAGAGAGAUGCUUCCACUCUCCCCUCUACAGCUGUGGGAAUUACUCAGCUGUACUGACUAAUCCCCUAAGAAUGUUGCACUUCAGGUGUUUGAGAUUUCAGACUAAGUGAUAGGUGCAAGAUGCUGUGAUUCAUUUUCAGAGAGGUCAAAAUUGUUCAGAACUACGCAAGACUAAAGGGCACUGACUCUUCUAAUGAUUGAUCUAUCUGCAUCAGCAGAUACCAGCAAACUAUUUCAGAUAUGCAUAGGCAUGUAACUCUUAUUUUAGGCUUUUACUUUUAUUCUAUUCAGUAUCAGAAUGUUUCCAGGAACUCUGUAGCUUACUUAUAAGCUCUUACAAUACUUGAUGCACAAGUUAUUUCUCUAAGAUUUUAGAACUCUCCUUUUCCUAUUUGGCAGUUCAACUCAAAAUGUAGUGGUAUGAUAAGUCAGUAAAAAGAAAAGUAGACAGCCAUAUCUUCUAGUGAUUGGUGCAAUACAUCUGUCAAGGACAAGGUUACAAUGUCUUUUUACGUUUUAAUAUCCAGUAUAUUUCUUUCAUAUCUAAUAUAUUGUCUUUUUCUUGAUAGUUUUGAAGAUAGUAUAGAAAAGUGCAACAGCAUUUAAUAUUUGGGGUAAAAAUAGGACAUAUUGAGUGACAUAGGACAUGAAGUACAGGCAAGAUAUGGCUUGAAUUUAUGGAUAGCGUGUGAAUUGAGGAGGUAAUGUGGUUCUCUAUAAUGUAGCUGUUAACUGUUGAUCUCAGUGAUAGCAUUGUGAAAGAGUCACAGGGCCCAAAGUGACUUCUUUUAGAAAGAUAAGAGUUCCUGACUCUUAAGAACAAACAACUGCAAGUAAGGAUUGUUACAUUUGUUGAGAUAGAACAUUGAAUAAAUAAAAAAAAAAGUAGAGUACAGGCAACUUACAAUACCUGUAGAGGGACCUGAGUACAGCACUCAGUGCUGUUGUAACU